CGUUUAAAAAUCUCUUUGUUUUUGUUCAAAUAGUUACCUUUUUAUUUGUUUUUGUUGAUAUUUUGAAGCGUGUGUUUUGAUUGUUUUUUUGCCAUGGGUCGAACUGGAAAUGUUUUUAAAAAGCGUAAGGCUUUUAAUUUUGCUGGAAGAAAAUCAAAAGUGCAGUGCAACCAUGUUGAUGAAAUUUCAUUAGACAAUUCUACUUCUAGCCGUAAGAUAAGUAGCUGUGAUUUGUUCGAAAAUUUGAAGGAUGAGCAAACAUCAAGAAAUAUAAUAAUAGAACUUGAUUUAUUGUCAGCAGCAUUUGAAAAUGUUGCGUGCAAGGACUGCGGACAUAAAUCAGUCAAAAUAAAUCUUGUUGGUAAAGAGUGUGGGCUGGCUGUGAAAUUGCAAAUGUUUUGUGAAAACUGUUCUUUCUUGCAUAACUUUCACAAUUCUUCUGUUCAUAAAAGUGUUAACGAAGAGACUUUUUAUGCCCUUAAUACCAGGCUUGUGUAUAGCCUUAGAGCUAUAGGUAAAGGUGCUUCUGCAGCCCAAGUAUUUUGUGGACUAAUGAACCUUCCACCACCUC